GGUAUCCACAUCGAUUGACAAAGCAUAGCACUGCAAACACGCUGUGGCACAUACCUGGAAUGGGAACGUCCUUUCGUUCCCCCGCUCGGAUGCCAGCAAGUGGAAAGUCAAUGUUGUGGUCUUCCUCUGUCACAUCAAGGGAAAUUUUGGCCCCCUCUUCGUCGCACGGAUCGAGAUCGAUCUUCAUUCCAAUCGUAUCGUUGAAAUAUGUCGAACUGAAGACCUUGUGGCAUUCAACGACCAAGCUAUACGGGUGCGGUUCGGAGCAGGAACACUCUUCCGGAAGCUGCUCCGGAUGGAUCCGAGCGCACAUGGAUGUGUUCUUGGAAGGUUCUCCAAAGUCGUGGAACUUYCGUGUGGCGAUUUCCACGGAUGCCGGUCUUCGCGACAAACCUGUCGUUUCUGACUCGUGUUCGGCAGGACCGGCAACAUCGUUGCUGCUGCUCGUGGAACUUGCCCUCGCGAAGAGUCUGCCUUCCGUGACGGAUGCACAGAAGCAAAGACCGAGUGAAAAAAUAGCAAAGAACUUUCUUGCGGACAUCUUCGUGGUGCUGAUAUCGGGAUGAUUGCUGAAUCGUGACGUUAUUCGAAACAGGACGCAAGAAUUAUUACUCAAUGAAAUUAUGGUAAGGAC